AUGGGAGUACACUCAUCAGCGACAAAUUCGCUGCCUUUGCCGCCAGCACCAAUAGCAACAUUCCCCCGGUCUCCACUGUUGAACACGGCGGUAACGGCCGGAUUGAACGCUUGGUUCGAACCGCUCGUAACGUUCUCCAGCGUUCCCUCGGACCCGGUGCAGGAACUUUCCAACUUCCUAGCUACCUACAACGCCACAUUUUCAUCCACGAUACAUAACACUUGCCCAUACACGCUGAAGACGGGGCGUGCAUACCCUCACCCGACCGACAAGAUAGUGGAGGAGAUCCUUGAUGCUGCACUUGGCUGUCCCCCCACAUACUGUCUCCCUCCGAUCGGAACCACUGAACAGGGUCGACGACGCCACAUUUGCUGUCGGCAAAGCACGUUCCUCCCAGGAGCAAUUGGCCGAGAGGUCCUAUGCACGCCGAUGCAGCAGCCCAACCACAAACUGGCUAAGGACUGGCUGGGCCUUUCGACAGCUCUUGCGCAUACAGCCCCAGUUAUACAUUAUAUCCUCGACAAGGCACGCAACAAGGAGUUUCGAGUCCAUAUUAAUAUUAUCAAGGCACACCUGCCCCCCAUUGGCCGCACGGAAUUCCGACCGAUGGGCGCUUUUGCUGCCUCCGCCUUCGGGAGCUGGCUCUUCUUUAACUCCCCACUCGCCGAUGACCCCGAAGAAGCCCACCUGGCGGAACUUGUCGCCUUGUUCCGUCCUAGCGUGCCAGCCGUACGCUUCCUUUAUGGCUGUUCAACAGCCUUUAACAAAUGA